AGUGACAGGUGGCAUUUGACAUUUGUCAAAACAGCAAAAAACAUGGACGGCGAAAGGAAAAAUCCACCUGAAGCACAAUUUAUUUCUUUUCAAGAUUAUUCACCAAUUCAUCGAUCAGGUGGUACUGGGCAAGCACAAUUAGACAUUGGAACUUCUGGUCAUCAGCCAUUUGGUAAUUUUACAAAUGAUCCCACUGGAAAUCAAAUGGUACGAGAUCUUGAAGGAAUGCCCAACACAGAAGAGCAAAAACAACGCAAUUUCUGGACAGUGGAAUAUUAUCAGAAAUUUUUUAAUGUCAACACUCAAGAUGUUGUUGAAAGAAUAAAAAGAUCAAUGAUUCCACAUGGAUCAGAUAAUUAUCUCAAAACACAUAUAGAACCAAAUCCAGAUCUUUAUGGUCCAUUUUGGAUAUGUGUAACGUUAGUUUUUUCAAUAGCUGUGAGUGGAAAUAUAGCAAAUUAUCUUCAAACUGUAAAUUACGAUAGGCAUAAUUGGAAAUAUGAAUUUCAUAUUAUCACCGGUGCGGCAACUUGUAUUUUUUUAUACGCUUGGUUAUUGCCUCUUGCACUUUGGGGUGCUUUAAAAUGGACCACAAGUCAACCGAGUACACAAGGAGAAUUAAUUGAAGAAGCUCCACAAAUUCCAGGUCUUUUACAACUUUUAUGCCUUUACGGCUAUUCCUUAUCAAUUUAUGUGCCAGUCGCUUUUCUCUGGACAAUCCAGUACGAUUGGUUACAAUGGACUCUAGUAGUUAUUGCUACAGUAUUAUCUGGUGGAGUUUUACUUCGAUCACUUCUUCCAGUUAUUGAUGGAAAACAUAAAUAUAUUUACGUCUCCGUAAUAUUGGGCUUGCAUCUUCUAUUAGCGGCAGGUUUUAUGCUCUAUUUCUUUCACGUGCCAGCAAACAAUGUAACUACAAAUGUAACUGCAAAUAUUGUAACGCAAGCCCCAAAAGUUUUGACAGUAACAAAAAUCAUUCCUUCGCCAACCAACACUACAAAUUGAAAGUUUGAUUAAUUAAUUUUUUUUUUUAAUUUAAGGCUGACUAGUCUCUAUAAUUAAGAAUUUAAUCGCAGAAACUUUAAGUAUUUGCAUCUACUAUAUAAAUAAAUUACAAUUUAUAUGGAUUUUUAUUUAGAAUACAAAUAAAGUUCUUUAUUUACAGAUUA